AGACAGACCAGGGCCCGCCUUCAGCAGAGAGCAGCGUGUGGCCUGGACCUCUGCCCUCUAGUGCCCUCUAGACAUGGCCCUGGACCCCGUUGGUCCCCAGUCUUCUGGACCUACAAAGGUAUAGGCCACCUAAACACCACCACCUAGGGCCUGUGCCAUGGUCCUGACCCAAGCACAGCCAGCUCCUGGCACAGAGGCCGUGAAGACAGUGCCCCCGGCCGUGGACCUGGUGCUGGGUGCCUCUGCCUGCUGCCUGGCCUGUGUGUUCACCAACCCCUUGGAGGUAGUGAAGACUCGGAUGCAGCUGCAGGGGGAGCUGCGGGCCCGGGGCACCUACCCACGGCCCUACCGGGGCCUUGUGUCCUCCGUGGCUGCGGUGGCCCGUGCAGAUGGGCUGUGGGGCUUACAGAAGGGGCUGGCCGCUGGUCUCCUCUACCAGGGCCUCAUGAACGGUGUUCGCUUCUACUGCUACAGCCUGGCAUGCCAGACUGGCCUCGCCCAGCAACCAGGCGGCACAGUGAUUGCAGGGGCCGUGGCUGGGGCACUGGGAGCCUUUGUGGGGAGCCCUGCUUACCUGCAGGUCAAGACUCAGCUGCAGGCCCAGACAGUGGCUUCAGUGGCCGUGGGGCACCAGCAUCAGCACCAGAGCGUCCUGGAUGCCUUGGAGACCAUCUGGCGACAGCAAGGCCUACUGGGGCUAUGGCGGGGCGUGGGUGGGGCUGUGCCCCGAGUCAUGGUGGGCUCAGCUGCCCAGCUGGCCACCUUUGCCUCUGCCAAGACCUGGGUGCAGGAGAAACAGUGGCUCUCGGAGGACAGCUGGCUGGUGGCUCUGGCAGGGGGGAUGAUCAGCAGUAUAGCUGUGGUUGCAGUCAUGACCCCCUUUGACGUGGUCAGCACACGGCUGUACAAUCAACCCGUGGACACAGCUGGCAGGGGCCAGUUGUAUGGGGGCCUUACUGAUUGCCUGGUGAAGAUCUGUCAACAGGAGGGUCCCCUGGCACUCUACAAGGGCCUAGGGCCUGCCUACCUGCGCCUGGGCCCCCAUACUAUCCUCAGCAUGCUCUUCUGGGAUGAGUUACGGAAACUGGCCAGGCCGAACCAACACCAGGACACCUAACCUCAUCCUUCAUCUCACAUCCUCAUAUAGCUUGGCAUUUUGUGGAAGAGAUGCCCGCUUCAGUAUGAUUGCCACCCAGAACCAUCCUAAGCCAGGUCCUGCCACAAGGCAAGAAGAGUGCAGACAACUGGUCAACCUAGCCCCAGGGCCAGGGCUUCCCAAGUCAUCACUCUUCUGCCCACUUCCUUCUCCUCCCUGGAUUACUAUGUCCCAACCCUUGCUCAUUGUCACAAUAGCGCCUGCAUAUUUCUCAUUAGCUUAGCUGCCCUGGACCCUUGGCCCUCUAACCAUACUGUGACAGGCAAAAAUCUUCUCUCACUAUAAGAAAGUUGAGACUGAGCUGGGCAUGAUGCGGCAUGCCUUUAAUCCCAGCAUUUAGGAGGCAGAGGUAGGAGGAUCAAUAUGAGUUUGAGGCCAGCUUGAGUCUACAUAGCGAAGUCCAGGUCAAUCUGGGCUGAGACCCUACCUUGAGGAAAAAAAGAAAGUUGAAGCUGAGAGGAGAGAUGUGGCUCUGGCCAAAGCCUCACAGCUUUGAGGUACAGGAGACAGAUCUGUCACUCAUUUCUACCCACCCCAGACCUGUGCUCUUUCUUGACAAGGGCACUGCUACGCCAGCACCAUGAGGCUGUGUGUCUCCUAGUGGUCACUGCAUAUGUGAGGAGUGCACGUGAGGAAAUCUCGAGCUGCACCAUGAGGCCCUGGUGUCCACCAUAUCAGUUUGCCAGGGCCACCCUGACAAAGUACUGCAGCCUUCGAGGCUUACACAACAUGAUUUUCUCACAUUGUGGAGGCUAGAAACUCGAGACUCAAGUGUUGGCAGGGUCAACUUAAUUUAAUUAAUUAAUUAAUUUAUUUAUUUUUGGUGCUGGGAGCUCUACGUCUAGCCCACGACUGGUUUAUUCUAAGGUCUCUCUCAGUAGCCUCUUCCUCAUAGGGUAUCCCUCUGUGUGCCUCAGUCUCAGUUUCCUCGUUUUAAAAUAUUUUAUCUUUCUUUAUUUGAGAGAGAGUGGCCUCCAGCCAUUGCAAAUGAACUCCAGAUGCAUGUGCCACCUUGUGCAUCUGGCUUAUGUAGGCCCUGGGGAAUCGAACCUGGGUCCUUUGGCUUUGCAGGCAAGUGCCUCAACCACUAAGUAAUCUCUCCAGUUUUUAAUCUCCUCUUAUAAGGACACCAGUCUUGUUGGGUUGGGCCCACCAUGGGAACCUGAUAUUAACUUACAGAGGUAGUUCCCCCUGUCUCCACACAGAGUCACUUUUUAAGGCCUUGAGGGUAGGACUUCAGGAUAGGAACCUAGGAGGCACCAUUGAGCACAGAAUCAUCUAAGGACUUUUAUUGAGGACUCCCAUUUGUAUACCUAACCUGGGGGUCCCCGGUGGGAACUACGGUCAGCAGCAGCACGAACAGGCCGCCCAUGCGCACCAGCACCGUCUGGACCUGGCUCUGCAGGCUGAAACUAAGGGAACUAAGGGGUGCUUGCUGCUUAGAGGAGGAGACUAAGGCCCAGGGAAGGGGGUGGCCUGCACAAGUGAACUGCAGGGCACAGCCAGGGGUCGGGCUGAUGUCAGACUUGGAGCCAACCCCACACUAACCUUGGUGCGAGGGAGGGAGACACCAGCUCCCCAUCCAGGACAGGACUGGCACCGAGUCAAGCACUCCCAACUACCCUCUGGGUCCCCCAACACUCCAAAUAUGAUGACCAGCUCUCCAGAAAUAGCCUCUGGCUGCACACUCCAAUAAAGUUUUCUAUUUUGUUAA